GACAGAAAUGGAUCCUCUCUUUCUCGCGUACAGUUAUUUCAGAAGAAGAAAAUACCAAGAAUGUGUUGAAAUAUGUUCUCAACUUUUAGAAAAGAAUCCGUAUGACCAGGCUUCAUGGACACUAAAGACACGAGCACUGACUGCUCAAGUGUAUGUUGAUGAGGUUGAUGUGGAUGAAGAAGGAAUUGCAGAAAUGUUGCUGGAUGAUAACACCAUUGCACAAGUGUCACGUCCAGGAACCUCGUUAAAGGUUCCAGGAACGGGAGUGGGCGCACCCAGUCCUGGUGUCAGACCUACGUCACAGUCUGGGCGCCCAGUAUCAGGGUUUGUUCGCCCAGGUACACAAGGUGGGCGACCUGGUACCAUGGAGCAAGCUAUCAGGACCCCUCGUACAGCACACACAGCACGCCCAGUCACAAGUGCUUCAGGUCGAUAUGUUAGACUGGGAACUGCUUCCAUGUUGUCAACCCCAGAUGGACCUUUUAUAAACUUGGCACGCCUCAACUUUGCAAAGUAUGCAGCACGCCCAAACCUAGCAAAGGCACUGUUUGAAUACAUAUUCCACCAUGAAAAUGAUGUCAGGAAUGCAUUAGAGUUAGCAGCACUUGCCACAGAAGCCUGUCAGUACAAGGACUGGUGGUGGAAAGUUCAGCUAGCUAAAUGUUACUACAGGUUGGGUAUGUACAGAGAUGCUGAGAAGCAGCUGAAGUCAGCACAGAAGCAGCAGGAUAUCAUAGACAUCUUUUUGUACCUCUGUAAGGUUUAUGUGAGACUUGACCAGCCUCUUACAGCCAUUGACAUCUUCAAACAAGGACUGGAAAAGUUCCAGGGGGAAACAACUCUUCUGUCAGGAAUAGCUAGAAUCUAUGAGGGUAUGAACGACAUGGACAAUGCAGUGAAGUUCUAUAAGGAUGUGUUGAAUUAUGACAGUAUGCAUGUAGAGGCUAUUGCCUGUAUAGCUACACAUCACUUCUACACAGAUCAACCAGAAGUUGCACUCAAAUUCUACAGACGAUUGUUACAGAUGGGUGUCUAUAACGGGGAACUAUUUAACAACUUGGGUCUGUGCUGUUUCUAUGCCCAGCAGUAUGAUAUGACCCUGACCUGUUUUGAGCGUGCAUUAUCCCUGGCAGAGGAGCAAACUAUAUCAGAAGUGUGGUUCAACAUUGGCCACGUGGCACUGGGUAUAGGAGAUAUGACCUUGGCCUACCAGUGUUUUAGAUUAACUUUAGCUAAUAACAACGACCAUGCAGAAGCCUAUAAUAACCUUGGAGUACUUGAACUUCGUAAAGGACACCUUGACCUGGCAAGGGCAUUUUUCCAAGCAGCAUAUAUCCUGACUCCACAUAUGUAUGAGGCACAUUAUAACUGGGCAGCACUUGCUGAUCAGAUGGGAGAUUUACAAAGCAGCUACAAUGCAGCCAAGCGAGCUGUGGAUGCCUUCCCUGAUCAUGUUGACUCCAAAGAACUCCUAAAGCAGCUCAAACAUCAUUUCUCACUUCUAUAGAACAUUAAUAGACUUUAAUUUUCAAGGUUUUUUUUAUGAACUGAAAGUGAUAGAGCAACAAAAAUAUGAUGUUUGACACGUGUCAUGCUGAAUGUCUGUGAUAUUUGUUGUUAAUUUGAUGAAUUAUGGGCUUUCCCAUAUACACCUUUGUCAUUUAUGACUAAUGUUAGAUGUGAACUACCUAUAUUCAUCCUGUAAUAAGCCCAUGGCUGAUAAUAAGCCCACCCACAUCUAUUCUUAAAUAUCAUAUUCAACAUAUGCUAUUUCAAUGUCCUGUAACAAGCCCUCUCAUGUCUAUUAUUGUAAAAUAUCAUAUUCAACAAAUGAUUUUUCACUGUCCUGUAAUAAGCCCACAUUUUGACUGUGAGUCCAAGGUUUAGUAUUAGAUAUCAGGGUUUAAUUGUCCUGUAACAAGCCCACAUCCUGACUUAGAGUCAGAGAUUUCUUGCAACCUUCCCAGGUCUGGUUUUCCUGUAAUAAUCUCAUACCCUGCCUUUAGACAUGACUACCAGGCAUAGGUUUGAUACAUGUCACCGCUGACUGUAGACUUGACUGCCAGUUGAGAGAAUAUUAAAUAUUAUUCUUUUUCUCAAAGAAAGAUCAACAUCUUGUUUUAGUACACUUUUUAUCAUGUAUUACAUCAUGAUGCAUCACUUAGAUACAGUAAUCUCCCGUGAAGUGAAACCUAUCCAUAUCUAUUUACAGGUGAAUAAUUUAAGUGUAGUAUUUCUUUAAAAUUUGUUGUUGAUAUUGUACUUUUUGUAAUAAUGCUUCUCAAGUAUUCCUUGAUUUCCUUUGUCCCCAAGUCUACUGUAGUAGAAGAACAAUCUAUUGCAGGUGUUUACAUGGAGAUUGGGAUGAUAGGCAGUAUAACAUUAUUUCUUGAAUGGAGUCCUACCUGAAAAUUACCCAAAUCUGUAUUGCAUGCUUUGGUGAGAGGCAUUGUAAUUUAUGAAUAGCAAGAUACAUAUCAAAAUACCUGUGGAGACAAUGGUUCUACUCUGAUAAGCACACGAGUAAAUAUGUAAUGCUGGAGGUAUUUAACUAACUUAUGUGGUUAAAUGGGCUGUGUGCUACCUUCACACUGGGAUGAGCAUAUAUAGUUGGUGGCUGUCCUCACCAUCGUACUUCGUUUCCAUUGAUUCCUUCUUUCCCUUACCGUCACCUGAUAAUGUGUCAUUUCGACCAGUACAAUAAAAUGAAACCUGGUUUUGAAAAAAUAUUUCAAAAAUGCAUUUCAAAAAGAAUUAGUUGAAUGGAAAAACUAUUCAGUCAGUUUGACUUUCUCUUUUCAAUGCAGUCACUGAAACGGAAAAUCUUGUCGCUUUAUUUGUGACCUAAAGCAAAAUAUUUGGAUUACUUAUUUUUUUCUCUGCUGGUUUUCACUUUAGGUGGGAAGAAAAUCCAUGCCAAUGAUUCUGUUUGCUCACCUGGCUUUUCAGGUAGUAAACCUAUCAUAUAAGAUACAUCUUGUUGUAUCAUUUACAUGAUAUUAAAGAGUUCCAUUCUAAUUGAAUGGGUACAGCUGUUUCUAUAUGGAAAGUGUGAAAUGAUUUGAAAUAUGAAUACAAUACAUAUUUGUAAUGGAAGAUUUCAUCAAAUUUUAUGACCAGUAAAAGAGUUUGUGUUCUGUGAGGAACCAGAUUUAUUUCACUAUUGCAUGCAUGCCAUUAAACCAGGUGGCUAGACGUGUUAUAUACACUUGAUCAUUGGGUACAUAUGGAGAAAAGUUUGUCAUCAGGUGUGUUAGAAUUAAAGAGACAUCUAUACAGAAGAUACUACAUACCAAACCUUGGUUUAUUUAUCAUCAGAUCAUGUUACAUAGGUAACCAAUACUUACAAACCCUAGACAAAUUUCAAACUUGUGUAAAAUAUCUUUUCCUAUGUCAGUAUGCAGAGAUGAGAAUGAAGAAGUCCAUCAUACAGCUGUACACUGAAGGUUUUAUUACAUCAAUUGGCUUAUAUUACCAUUAAAUCUUCAGUGUACCUUUAGCUGUUGAUUCACAACUCACUGACUGCUGGUUACGAACCAAUAAUCCGUCCAGAAAAUAUAAUUUAUGACAUUCUUCUCUAAAAUGUGUAACACUUGUUACAAUAUAUUGUUGAUAUACAUGUUGAAUGAAACAAAACAAUUAUUUAUUGUAAGUGAAUGUUAGUGAUUGUUAUGAUUGAUGAUGAUAAUGAUAAAUGUCUCGUACAUUGUGUCAAGAUAUGCAAAUAAAAUUAUUAAGG